UCUUUCCAUCCAGAAGUAGCACAAAUGACGGGGAAACUCUUUCGGAAUUGAACAGCGUUGUCGUCUUCGAGCCAGUAACCAUGCCGAUGGAGACGGUCCAAACAAUUGCUUCUAGAAUGUCUCAAUCUGCGGACACCAUACCAGAGGAGUACAUCAGGAGAGACAAGGAGGAGCCAUCGGUGGAGGCUGGUGAUGGCCCAGUCCCUAAGAUCCCGACAGUGGACCUUGGAGAAGCGGACCAGGAGAAGCUGGUGAAAGCUGUUGCUGGUGCCAGCGGUGAAUGGGGGAUAUUCCAGGUGGUAAACCACGGGAUACCCGACAAUCUCAUAAGCAGGCUGCAGCAUGUCGGAAGAGAAUUCUUUGAACUCCCACAGGAAGAGAAGGAAGUGUACGCUAAGGCCCCGGACUCUUCGGGCAUCGAAGGUUAUGGGACCCAGGUCCAGAGUGAUCCUCGGGGCAAGAAAUCCUGGGCGGACCACCUUUUCCAUAAGAUUUGGCCACCUUCCUCCAGGAACUACCAGUUCUGGCCUAAGAAGCCGACUUCAUACAGGGAGGUGAAUGAAGAAUAUGCAAGGUACCUGCGACAAGUCGCGGACAAACUCUUCCGGAGCCUGUCGCUGGGGUUGGGCCUAGAAGAGAACGUGUUGAAGGACGGAGCAGGAGGGGAGGAGCUGCAAUAUGAGCUCAAAAUAAAUUAUUACCCCCCGUGUCCUCGUCCCGACCUGACCUUCGGGGUGCCGGCCCAUACGGAUCUGUCAGCCCUCACUAUCCUCGUGCCCAAUGAGGUUCCUGGGCUACAGGUCUUCCAGGACGACCGCUGGAUCAAUGCCGAAUACGUCCCCGGUGCGUUGAUCAUCCACAUUGGCGACCAGAUUGAGAUCCUAAGCAACGGAAAGUAUCGCAGCGUGCUGCAUAGAACAACAGUGAACAAGGAGAAGGUGAGGAUGUCAUGGCCGGUUUUCCUGGAGCCGCCCAUGGAUUGGGUGGUUGGUCCAUUGGCGCAGCUGGUGGAUGAUGAGAAUCCUCCCAAGUUCAAGUCCAAGAAGUUCAAGGAUUAUAUGUACUGCAAGCUCCACAAGCUUCCCCAGUAGCUUCCCUUCCCACAUUAAUAUGUUCGUGCAGUUUCAUGGAUGUUUUGUUUUACAUAGAGAGUGAUUUUACUCAGA